CAUUGAAUGAAACAGAUCAAAUUCUUAAUAGAGUGAAUUAAGCAGAUUUUUUAGCGUCUUUAUUUUCAACCAAAGCCUGAAAAUGUAACAAGCGCAGAAUUAUUAAAUUUCAUGAAUUGAAAAUAGAUCAUUUGGAAAAUAAAUCUAAAGGAUAAGAUUUAUUGGUAUCGCAAGAUUAGGCAUAAAAAAUACUUAUCGAUUGUUUUUUCACAUAAAUUAUCCAGCUUUCAAUAAAUAAAAGCGUCUUUAAGGUAUUAAAUUCAAGCAUUAUAUUCCAUGUUCCGAGAAUUUUUACUAAAUUUGUUUUUUCAUAUAGUAAUUGUGUUAGAUGAUGAUAUUCUAACACUAAAAUACAAAAUCCUUCCAUUAAAUAUCCUGUAUUAGGUGUAAUCCCUAUAAGCUUCUCUUAUGAUUUUAUCUAUAUUUACGAUAAUGUCAAAAAAUAGAGUAACAGCAAGGCAUUUAUCAUUUCUUUUCUUAAAAAUAUGUAUCAUCAGUAUAAAAAAUACAAUAUAAUACAAUUCAUUAUAGAAUAUUAUUUAGAUGUGGAAUAGGUAAAAUUUUAAUGAUUUUAAAAUUCAAUUGAAUACAAGUAUGAAAUUGUUAAUAAAUUUCAUGUCGAUUUUAAAUCCUAUAUUACCUCCAUAACAAUUUAGAGAUAAAUUUCUUGCAAUUGCUAGGAAAAUAGGAAAGUUAUUAAAAAUAUUAUUGUAUUUAAUUCAUUUUCUGGCUUAUGAUUUAGAAAUUGAAAUUAAUUAUUUAAAGAUUUUUUGGGCAGCCCUUAUUCCAAUUAUAUAAAUAACAAUAAUUUUUGCUCAUAUUUUAAUAAACAGGAUUAUUAAAAACUUUAAUGUUAAAAUAGUAUUUAUAUAGGCUUAUUGUAUCUUUUUAAUGUGUUAAUCUAAACCAAAUAUUAUGUAAAAAGUAAUAGUGAUUUUUGUUUUUUAGAUUAAUAGUUGUUAUUUCAAGAAGAAAAAUUGUAAAAAUUGA